UAGGUGGAAACGAUAUUCGCGCCAAUGUUGGUCAGAGUCGGAGAAGAGGUGGAAAAGAAAGAAAGAGAGGGACAGAGAAAAGCAUAGAGAAAAGAAAGAGUAGGGCCAAGAGACGUAAUUCACCCCCAUCUCUUGGCGCCAAUCUGGCGGAAAAAUAAAAAUAAAUAAAACGGAAUUAACGGAUUUUUUUUUUUUAUCUUUCAACGUUAGUGUAACUAAUCGUGGUCAUUUUUUCCCAGUUUAACUAGUUAGCUAGCUACCUAGCUAGCUUAAUGUAUCGCUAGCAACGCAAUCAUAUACCUAAUCUUGCCCCACUCUCAAGAAACAAUAUCAAUUUAGCCAGCUAGUUUGCUUCAUCGAGACAACAGAUAGUUAGCCAUUCUAGUUAGCCUAGUUUCUCCAAGACGGUCGUUAUAAUACAACAACAUGGGGAGGAAGUCAAACAAAGCAAAGGAGAAAAAACAGGCUCGCCUGGCAGAGAGGGCAGCCAUGGAUGCUGUGUGCGCCAAGGUGGAUGCAGCCAACAAGUUAGAUGAUCCUCUGGCUGCUUUCCCUGUCUUCAAAAAGUAUGACAGAAAUGGGUUGAAUCUCCAGAUAGAGUGUAAGAGAGUGUCCACCCUCAACCCUAUCUCUGUGGAGUGGGCCUAUGAACUAACCAGGACCAACAUGCAGUCGCUGUAUGAACAGAGUGAGUGGGGGUGGAAGGAGAGAGAAAAGAGGGAUGAGAUGAAGGAUGAGAGGGCAUGGUAUCUCCUGGCCCGGGACACAGACUCCUCACCCGUGGCUUUCUCUCACUUCCGAUUCGAUGUGGAGUGCGGGGAAGAAGUGCUAUACUGUUAUGAGGUCCAGUUGGAGAGCCGUGUGAGGAGGAAAGGACUAGGCAAGUUCCUCAUCCAGAUACUACAGCUCAUCGCCAACAGCACACAGAUGAAAAAGGUGAUGUUAACAGUAUUCAAACACAACCACGGAGCAUACCAGUUUUUCAGGGAAGCUUUACAGUUCGAGAUUGACGACACCUCUCCCAGUGUGUCUGGUUGCUGUGGCGAUGACUGUACCUAUGAAAUCCUGUCACGGCGGACCAAACACGCAGAGGCAUCGGGCCACAGCCAUGGAGGAGGCGGGCACUGUGGGGGCUGCUGCCACUGAGGGACACGCACACUUUUUGUUUCACCACUUCCUGGUCCUGUGCUCCAACACCCUCUCUCUUGCUCUCUUUCCUUGUCUUGAGUCAUUACUGUAGUCCUUUCCUAACCCUUUAAAUCCAAAAAUGGAACAACCUUUGACCCUCCUGUUCUGUUCUGUAUCCCGUCUUUCUCACACUCUCCCCUCCAUGGUUCUUUUUCUCCUCUUCCAUGCCAUCUUACAAGUAUUUGAUGAGUUAGGAAUCUGCUUCUGCCCCUGUCCCCCUUCAAAGUCUUUCUGAACAGUUCCAAGGCUCUGUCAUCAAACAUACAUACUGCGAUGGACACGGCCAUGUAUAAAUGGCCAAGCAUUCUGAGUGGUACAUUACGGUGGAUGAUGGGACAGAAGCUCAUGUUUCCAAUUAGUUCAGCAAGGUUUUUUGUAAACCCCACAAUCCCAUAAAUACACAGAGCCCCUGAUCACUAAUUCUCUUCUAUAGUUUUCUUAAUGCAGUUGGAUGGCAGGAAGACCCACUGUUGCAUAUGUUAUUACGAUCUCAUGGCUCCUCCAUUAAUAAAAAUUAAAUAUGUCAUUAGUUUGCAUGGGAACCAAGUCAAGUGUUUUUCUGGAUGAUCGUUGCGAUUAUCACUCUCCGCCCUGGCGACUAGCUUCAGUAAUGGCGCCCUUAUCCCUUUACAAUUCUCUUAGCGCUCAGUAGUAGUACACCAUUUCAUUUGGAAUGCUGUUGCCAUUGGCCUGUGUGGGUCUUGUUGCCAUUGCUGUUUAUAUACAGAAACCUUCAGCGUAUUGUCAUGGCCUUAGAACUCUAUGCGAUUCACGGUGUGUCAAAUGGUAACCUGUUCUCUUUAUAGUGUGCUUUUACUUGCCGUUACAAAACCCAUCUGCAGUUUGCAAGUGCAGUGCACUUAAAGGGAAUAAGGUUGCAUUUGGGAUGUAUUUAAUUGAAGGAAAAACAGAGCACCUCAAACAGUCUCUUGGGUUAAACGCUAGCUAUGAUAACUACGGUAAAAAACAAUAUAAACGUCAACACUUUGCUUGUCUAAUGUAUAUAUAUUUACAGUCUGAGUACAAUCGCUUGUUUCUUUUCCUACUUUCUGACCAGAUAAUGUCCUACAGACCAAGUCUGUCUCAGGUUUAAAUCCCAGGAUAACUGACACAAAUCCUUUUUACAGUCCAAUAAUUUGUGGAUGGAGACAAAUCCCCCCUAACUACAGAUCUAGGAUUAGAUUUUCCAAUUGGUUAACUGUGAAUAUUAUGGGAUCCCAUACACAGAUUUGCCUAAAACGAUUAAUUAAAAACACAUUUUAAUUGAGAUAAGCAUGCGUUUGUCUGGUAAACUGGCCAGUGAUGGGGGAAAUGUUUUAUCAGACCCAAAUGGGUGUGGGGGAAAUGGCAUUAAGCAUGGGGAAAACGGCAUGUCCUCUAGAAAUCCUAUUUCUGUAGGUUAGGGACAGUAUGAUGUUACCUGUAGACCAUGAUUUGAAAUCUGUUUAAAAGUUUCUCUGCCUAAUAGGAAUCUGAUCCUAGAUCUGUGUUAAUAGGUAAGCUCUAACUUGAUCAGUGGCAUUGGUUGGGUUUGCGUUGCAGAGGUGCGGACCAAUAGUGUUUGAAAUUGAAAAUGUUUUAUUUUAUGGAAUACAUGUUUAAUUUUACCCUUAUUUUUUUAAUUCAACAUCAGAUUCAUCCUUUCAUGAUGGUGUGUUGGAAAUCCUCUUAUUUUUGACGUUUUUUUUUAUUUUUGUUUGUCUAUUCCUCAUAACCCUUGUAAUUGUUUUCCUCUGUUGAUAUAAUCUGUUACAGAUUAAUUAGAUAGAGUUUUAUUUUGCGGGUAAAACACUUGUUUCGGUUUAAAAAUGUCAUUUAAAUUCAAGUGUCUGAGAAUGAGUGGUCCUGUCUUGUUUGAUUAUUUACAACAAAGAUGAAAGGGAAAAACUAAAUGGUCAUUUCUGCCUUGUCAGUGUUUUAUUUGUAUGUUACAAAUAAAGGAAACUUCUAUAA